ACGAUACAUUAUGUUAUGUGUAUAUGUAUAUACAUAUACCAAAUGUUAUGUAUGUAUGUUGCUAUAUACAUAUAACAAAAUCUAAUAAUAAAAUAGAGAUAUUUGAAAAAAGAACAAACUGAAUCGAUGGGAGGAUUGGGAUCUUUCCAAAACUAUUUCCUUGGUUUUGCAUUGAUUCAUUGAAAUAACCAUACACGACAUCACAUAUAACAUAACAAAAGCAUUCAUUUGGAGGCAGUAACCAAAUCGAAUCCCAAACCUAUCUUCUCCUCUUAUCAUUUGCCAUGCAGUCAAUUGGUUUUUUUAUUCUAUUAUUUGAAUAAAGAGAACUAAGUCUUAAUUAGCGGGGAGUUCCAUCCGCUUCAAAUUAAUGAAUAAAAUUGCAUUGAUCUGGGAAUGGAGGAAGGGUCUUUUGCUUGGCUUCCUCCAUUUACUCAGGAGAGAAUGAGGUUUAAGAUGUGAGGGGGCUAAAAAAAAAAACAAUGUCAAACAAUUGUAACAUGCUACAAUUAUAUAAUAUAAAUAAGGCAAAGUUCAACUCAAAAUUAGAUCAAACGAAUCACAAGUUCGGAAGAUAAAAAAGAAAUAAAAGGAGAUGAAAAGAUGAAAAUAGCAGUUUAUGGAAAAGGCGGAAUUGGUAAAUCAACCACUAGUUGUAAUAUUUCAAUUGCCCUAGCUAGACGUGGUGAAAAAGUGUUACAGAUUGGAUGUGAUCCCAAACAUGAUAGUACUUUUACUCUGACAGGAUUUUUGAUACCUACAAUUAUAGAUACUUUGCAGUCCAAAGAUUAUCAUUAUGAAGAUAUUUGGUCCGAAGAUGUCAUUCAUAAAGGUUAUGGAGGGGUAGAUUGUGUGGAAGCUGGGGGGCCGCCUGCAGGAGCCGGAUGCGGGGGAUAUGUGGUAGGAGAGACUGUGAAAUUGUUAAAAGAAUUAAAUGCAUUUUACGAAUAUGAUAUAAUAUUAUUUGAUGUAUUGGGCGACGUGGUUUGUGGAGGUUUUGCUGCUCCGUUGAAUUAUGCAGAUUAUUGUGUCAUUAUUACAGAUAAUGGAUUUGAUGCAUUAUUUGCAGCUAAUCGUAUUACUGCUUCUAUCAGGGAAAAAGCUCGUACACAUCCACUGCGAUUAGCAGGUUUGGUUGGAAAUCGUACAUCUAAAAGAGAUCUUAUCAAUAAAUAUGUAGAAGCCUGUCCAAUGCCCGUAAUAGAAGUGUUACCUCUUAUUGAAGAUAUUCGAGUUUCGAGAGUCAAGGGCAAAACCUUAUUUGAAAUGGUUGGAUCCGAACCAUCACUUAACUAUGUAUGUGAAUAUUAUUUAGACAUAGCGGAUCAAAUAUUGUCCCAACCAGAAGGUAUUGUGCCAAAGGAGAUUCCAGAUCGGGAAUUAUUCAGUUUGCUCUCUGACCUUUAUCUCAAUCCUAUUGAUGAGGGGAAACAUAAAAAUAAUAAGGAAAAUUUACUUGGAUUUACGACGAUUUAA